AUAUAGUAUAUACACAUAUUUUACAGCUGUAAAUUGACACCUAUAUAUCGUCGUCGUACUUAGGGUAUGGCAAGUUCAUGUUUUAGUAACGUGGACGAGUAUGGCUUUGAACGACCUCAAAAUUUUGAUUAUGAAACAUACGAGGAAUUUAUGUCCGAAUAUCUUAAAGUUCUUGCAAAACGUGCCAAAAAAUGGGCAGAAAUCAUUGGCGAAGGGAAAUCCUUACAACGAUGUAUUAUGAUAAAAAGAUAUGUUCGCAAAGGUAUUCCUGGAGAAUACAGAGGCCAGGUAUGGCUUUCUAUUAGCGGUGGAGACGAGAUGAAACAUGCAGCACCAGAUCUUUAUGAAAAAUUAUUACAACCUCCGCACAAUGCUGAAAUUGCAUCUGUUAUUAAAACUGAUCUACCACGAACAUUUCCUGAUAAUAUUUUUUUUAAUAAUACUGAAAAUCAACAACACCAAUUGUACAAUAUUUUGUUGGCAUUUGCUCAUCAAAAUAAAACUGUGGGAUAUUGUCAAGGUCUCAAUUACAUUGCAGGAUUGCUUUUAUUAGUAACUAAAAGUGAGGAAACAGCAUUUUGGUUAUUAAAAGUAUUGAUAGAUAAGAUUUUACCUGAUUACUACACUCCAACGAUGGAUGGAUUGCUUACUGAUAUUGAUGUACUGGCAGAAUUAGUUAGAAUAAAAAUGCCGGACAUCUAUCAACAUGUAACAAAUUUAGGAUUACCCUGGCCGGUGAUUACAACUAAAUGGUUCGUGUGUUUAUUCGCAGAAGUUUUACCAAUUGAGACAACAUUACGUAUAUGGGAUUGUUUAUUUUAUGAAGGUACGAAAAUAAUAUUUCGUGUAGCAUUGACUCUCAUCAAACGAAACAAAGAUAAUUUAUUAGCUUGUCAAGAUUUUACUUUAUUGGCUGAAUGUUUUAAAGAAAUUACGAAAGAUAGUAUUGUUUUACAAUGUCAUGAUUUUAUGCAGAGUAUUUUUAAAGUACCUGGGUCACUGCCUGGUAGCACAAUAAUCAAAUUACGAACAAAAGUUACACAACAACGAAUGGAACAAAAAGAUAAUAAGUUAAGACGAUAGUAUCUAGAAAA